AAAAGCUAUUUUCAAACAGGAUUGACCUUGACAGGAUGCACGGGCAAGGUUACGAUGGUGCUAGUAAUAUGUCUGGUACGGUAUAAACCGAGGGGUGCAGGAACAUAUCAGAGCUCUGUAUCCAGACGCCAUCUACACCCAUCGUAAGGUCCAAUGUCUGAAUCGGGCCAUUAUACACAAAUGCAAGGUCGGGUACAUCUGAUAUAUGAUGAACUUAAUGCAAACAGUGGGUUUUGCAUUUAAUUACACAGCAAAACGCCUGCUGAACUUCAAAGAGACAUUGGAAGCUGACAUCUUGAGACGUGCUUAUAUGGAGGAGAGAAAGCGGCUCCACUCCCUCUGUGAAAUGCGGUGGGCAACUUGCGCAGACGCCCUUCACAUAACUGUGUGCCUACAGGAUGACAGAAGUGAUGAUAACGCCUGGGACACCCUGUACGACCAUGCUACGAACAAUACCGCCGACGUUGGUGUUGAGCUGUCCAUGGCCAGGAAUGUUGGGCGUCAGCAGAACCAUGCCAAUGCUUCAGCACAUACCAUUUCUGAGUUUUGGAAGGUCAACAUGUACGUACUGUUCCUCAACCACUUGCUCACGGAGCUCAACGACAGGCUAAUGCAGGGCAAUGAUAAAUAUAAGGUCCAAUGGCUGAUACCAUCUAAGGUACAGAGAACAAAUUUACACGUUGAACAGUGCAGGGAAUUGUUCGUAAGGGUUUGAUCAGACUUCUAAGGGAAUGUGCAAGGUGGUGAACUUGGUGGACAGACUCAACAUUUGCCGAUGGCCGCCCAGUCGCUCCAGAGGAAUUGUCUAAUAGUCUCCAUCUGGCUAGUCAAGAGUCAUUCCGGAUAAUCAGAAUGUGCAUGAUGCUUCUAAUUGUGAUGCCUGUGUCCACGGCGAUGGUGGAGAGGUCAUCCUCUACCCUGCGUCUAGUCAAAACUUAUCUGAAGAGCACCAUGAGAACUGAGCUUCUUGGCGGUCUCCGAUUUGUUUCUUCUCGGAUCUGUUCCAUGAAGUGCUUUGAUUACAAAGUGCUUAAGACUAUAAGCAGCAGGUUACAAGUUAGCUCUAGAAGACUAGUGCCAGUCAGAAAGCGGUCAUCCUCAGUUGAAGUUGGGACAGAGAGUGCUGUCUCAAUGGAACUCUCAAAUGUGGUCAAAAGGUUUCACCAGUUUGCCUCUCCAGGACUGGCGGAAAGCUGGGACAAUGUGGGACUGCUAGUGGAGCCAUCCCCGCCCCACACAGUCAACACCAUCCUCCUCACUAACGACCUCACUCCCCCUGUCCUUGAUGAGGCGCUGGCACUGAAGGCAGACAUGGUCAUCUCCUACCAUCCUCCAAUAUUCACAGGUCUCAAGAGACUCUGCCAACGAGACUGGAAGGAGCGUACAGUGGUCCGAUGCCUGGAGAAUCGACUUGCUGUCUACUCCCCUCACACCAGCCUGGACUGUGUGGCUGGGGGAGUCAAUGAUUGGCUCCUUAGCUGUUUUGACUGUGAGAGUGUUGAGCCUGUGGAGCAGUACACAGCGGCCGGGGGCGACAUGAGCCAUGUGGUCCGGGUGGAUCUGCCGCGGGAUUCCACCCUAGACCUGCGGGAACACUUUCACCAACAUGGACGUCUGGUGGACAUCAUAGACAGAGAGGAUGAGAGGACUUGGGUGACCCUUCACUGUGCUGCACGAAGCCUUCCGGGACUAAUCAGCUGUCUGCAGUCUCUCAAAGCAGAUAUCUCAAACCUCCAAAUUACAGAACUGGCCAAGGUGCCAAGGGUUGGUUAUGGUAUGGGUCGGAGAGGUCGGCUAUCCCAGAGCGUCAGUGUGGAAGCUGCUGUGAAUCUUGUGAAGAGCCACCUGGGUCUCAACCAUGUCCGCCUUGCCCGUGCUCCAGGUGCAGGUGAGGUGUUGAGUGUGGCAGUGUGCGCUGGGUCGGGGGCGGGUGUCCUGCGGGGUGUGUCAGCUGACAUGUAUGUGACUGGGGAGAUGUCGCACCAUGAUGUCCUCCACGCUGUCCACAACGGCACUUCCGUUAUCCUCUGUGACCACAGCAACACUGAGCGCGGAUAUUUUAGCCUCCUCAAAACCAGGCUUCAUGAUCUCCUCAAUUCAAAGACAAAAAUCCUCUUGUCUGAGGUUGACUCAGACCCAUUAAAAAUUGUUUGAUAUAUAUAUAUAUUAUAUAUAAAUAUAUACUUUUGAAACAGAAAUAAGAUAUAAAAAACAACAAUUA